UCUUGGUUUAGUUAUAAAAAUAUAUAUUUGACUGGACUGUCUCUGAGCUAGCUAGCUAUAGUCUUCCACUACGGCAGGUGGCAGUAGCAAACCUAUAAAGGUUACAUUUCAAACGUAGUGCACGCAUGUGUACAUACAUUUUUUGUAAAGCAACGGCGUGCAGCAACCAGGGACAGCAGUGGAAUCAUGGCACUGAAUGCAGACGAUGAUGACUUCGAGUGGACACCCCCUUCAGAAUCGGAGAUGAAGGUUAUUCAUGCUCAGCGGGAACGACAGGACAAAAUAAGCAAGCUCAUGGGUGCCUACCUCCUCAAAGGCUACAAAAUGUUAGGAGAAUGCUGUGAGCAAUGUGGGACGAUUCUCCUUCAGGACAAGCAGAAGAAGAACUACUGUGUUGCAUGUCAGGAACUGGACUCUGACGUAGACAAGGACAACCCAGCCCUAAAUGCCCAGGCUGCCCUGUCACAGGUCAGAGAGAGACAGCUAGCCUCUCAGCCUGUCCAUCUGGACAAUGGAGCCCCCUCCAGUGACAACCCCCUCUCCAUCACAGGGCAGCCCCGACCAGAGCACUGCGAGGGUGCUGCGUCAGGACUGAGAGGGCCCCUACCUCCACCAGCCAACCCCUCCCCAGCACUCACCGUGACCCCUAGCUUUCUCCCUACAUCCACCCCAUCCAUACAGCCAGUCCAGGUGGCAGCCCCCAUAGUAGCCCCUGCAUCUCACCCAGCCCUGUCCAGUGCUGAGGAUGCAGUGCUGCACAAGCUGCGGUGGGCUACACAGGAGCUCCAGCACUCAGCCUCGGUAGAGGCUAGUAUCCAGCUGUGCAGCCUCAUCCGCAGCUGCGCAGAUUCACUGCGCAGCCUGAAAGAGCUUCACCAAUCAUGAGACUGAACUGAUGGCAAUUCUAAAAACAGAAACAAGGCAUAAACACAUGCUCACAUAAGCAACACCGGAAGUUGUAGCAGCUUGAUUCCCUUGCAAAGGUUUUUGUGGCAAAUAUGAACAGCUUCGCCUCUGGCGGUAAAGGUUAAUGUAAUUAUUAAUUACAACUGUCUGUGUAUGCAUAGUUUGUAUUUUGAUUGCCUGACCUGUAGUGUAACAUUUGUUUAAACAUUGCUGUUACUUUUCAUUUGAAGUCUUCUCUGAAUUCAUGGUGAAGUUGACACAAACUUGCAUGGUGAGAAUGGGCACCUCUGAGUGGUUGAAUUUCUUUAAACUGCAUAUAGUUGAGUGGGGUUUGACUGGUUGAUAUUAAUGUACAUCACUUGUUUAUAAAAAUCUGAAUUUAUCCACAUUA